AAAUCCAAAUGUCAAACUGUAACCAGCUGACAAUGACAAUAUUAUUCAAAUAAUAAAAAUAUAUCAAUGCAUGUGAUAUGCAGUGUACAUCCCGGCUCAAUCUCGCCAUGUCAAGAAUGGAGGUUCUGGGGCAAGGGUUGACUGACCAUUUGGAAACUUGGGCACUGGCCGAGGGCCCGGGAUGCCCCUGGUACCUUUUUCAUAGGCUAUUUUGAGUUUGGGCAAGGACACAGGGGGCCCAUGAUCCCCUAUUGCCCGGGGG